AUGGCCGACCCGGAAACUGACGAGGACCAAGGCUAUGUGGACUCUGAUGGGCCUGACAAUCUGGAAAAGUCUUCUUCUUUCGCUGAAACUCUAGCCCAGUCCGACGCCAACAAUGGCGGUGGCUUCUCCGUCCCAAGGUACUGGGUCAUUUACCGAGGCACCCCUCGCCGGCAUUUGCUGACGACUGAGUGGAGCACGUUCGUGAACCAGAAGAAGCUCGUCGCAGGUGACUCGAUUGUGUUCCUGCGAGUCGAAAAUGACGACCUCUGUGUCCGGAUUUGGCGGGCCAAGCGGGGAUCACCGGAUGGGUCAUCGGAAUCAUGGUGGAACCACGGCGGUUCUAGAGGAGCGUCGGUUUUUCAGUAUUCUGGGCUCUCUGUGUUUCUGAAAGAUGAAGAGAACAAAAUGGGGACCAUUGAUAAAUCUUGGAUUAAUGAAGAUAGGAACACUUUAAAGUAUGAAAUGGGUGUUGAAACUUUCUUGAUUUUUGUUGAAGAAAAUGCUAGCAACCCUAAAAGAAUUCCAUGCCCUUGCUCAAGAUGUGUAAACUUCAAAAAGAAGUCGAUUAAAGUCAUUAGGGGACACUUGUUUGAUUACGGCUUUAGUUUGGGCUAUACAAAUUGGAUUUGGCAUGGAGAACCUACUUUGUCCUCCUGUGCUAGUGCACCUAUUGGCUCUCCUCCAAACCCUCAGUUUUGUUCUGAAACUGUUAAUAUGUGUGAAGCUGUCUUUAAUGAAGGUGAUUAUGAUGAGGAGUUGUAUGAGUUCAAUAAGUUUGUCGAGGAAGCAGAAAGACCAUUAUUUGAUAAUAGUGACCACACUAAGUUAGAAGCAUUAGCGCAACUUCACAAUUUGAAAGCUAGGUUUAGUAUGAGUGAUACUUGUUUUUCUGAGUUACUUGCCACUGUUGGGUCUUUGCUUCCGAAAGAUAAUGUACUGCCUCAAUCUCUAUAUGAGGCAAAGAAGACUCUCUCCAAUUUGGGGUUGCAAUAUGAGAAAAUACAUGCAUGUCCUAAUGACUGCAUAUUAUUUAGGAAAGAGUUUUCUGAUGCAAUUACUUGUCCUAAGUGUGGUGUGUCUCGUUGGAAGCUAAAGAAGGAUAAAUCUGUUAAAAUGGGACAACCAGCCAAGGUGUUGUGGUAUUUUCCUAUAAUUCCAAGAUUUAAACGCUUGUAUAAAUCUGCUUCAAUUGCUGAAAUGCUUACUUGGCAUGAAGAUAAGCGAACUAAGGAUGGACACAUGCGCCAUCCAGCCGAUUCUCCUGCUUGGAAGUUGGUUGAUUAUAAGUGGCCUGAAUUCGCUUCUGAAUCAAGAAAUCUUAGGUUAGCAUUGUCAGCUGAUGGUAUCAAUCCACAUAGCUCUAUGAGUAGUAGAUAUAGUUGCUGGCCCGUAAUAUUGGUGACUUAUAAUCUUCCUCCAUGGUUAUGCAUGAAGAGGAAGUUUAUGAUGUUAUCUCUAUUAAUUUCUGGUCCAAAACAGCCGGGAAAUGAUAUAGAUAUCUACUUAGAGCCAUUGAUUGAUGAUCUACGAUCUUUGUGGGAUGGGGUUAGUGAUGUCUAUGAUGCACAUAGGAAAGAAUACUUCACUCUUAGAGCUGUUUUAUUGUGGACCAUCAAUGAUUUCCCCGCAUAUGGAAACUUAUCGGGGUGCACCACAAAAGGGUACAAAGCAUGUCCAAUCUGUGGUGACAACACUUCUGCUAUGCAUUUGCCCCAUAGUAGAAAAAUGUCUUACGGUUGCCACCGUAAGUAUUUGCCACGCCAUCAUCCAUAUAGGAGGCAGAAGAAGGCAUUUAAUAAUGAGCAAGAAUUCGAAGUUGCACCAGUACCACUAUCCGGAGAGGAAGUGUUCAACAGACUUCAGCAUGUUGACUAUGAGUUUGGGAAGGGAAAGAAGAAGAAGAAGAACUCGGCUGUAGAUGCAGCUGCACCUUCUUGUUGGAAGAAAAAGUCUAUUUUUUUUAACUUAGAGUAUUGGAAAUCUCUUCAUGUUCGCCAUGCUCUUGAUGUGAUGCACAUUGAGAAGAAUGUUUGCGAAAGUGUGAUUGGUACUUUGUUAAACAUGCCUUUCAAAACAAAAGACAGUGUUGCUGCCCGCUUAGAUAUGGUUGAAAUGGGUGUAAGAGUUGAUUUGGGUCCGAAAAUUGGGGAGAAAAGAACAUAUUUACCUGCUGCCCCAUAUAGUUUGUCGAGGGCGGAGAAGAUAAAAAUGUGCAAAUCUCUUUUGUUUAUGAAGGUGCCUGAUGGUCAUUCAUCAAAUAUCAAAAAUCUGGUUUCCAUGGAAGAUUUGAAAUUGUAUGGUUUGAAAUCUCAUGAUUGCCACAUGUUGAUGCAACAAUUGCUUCCGGUGGCCAUCCGUUCGGUGCUUCCCAAACAUGUGAGAAUUUCUAUAAUGAGGCUAUGCUUCUUCUUUAAUGCUUUGUGCACUAAAGUGGUUGAUGUGUCAAAGUUGGAUAAGCUUCAAUCUGAUUUGGUGCUGACUUUGUGUGAGCUAGAGAAGAUAUUUCCUCCCUCAUUUUUUGAUAUUAUGGUACAUCUCACUGUGCACCUAGUUAGAGACGUUCGAUUAUGUGGCCCUGUUUUUUAUAGGUGGAUGUACCCUUUUGAACGAUUUAUGAAAGUACUAAAGGGGUAUGUCCGCAAUCGUUUUCAUCCUGAGGGUUGCAUAGCUGAGAGCUACCUUGGAGAAGAAUCUGUUGAGUUUUGCUCCGAGUUUUUACAACAAUGUAGUUCAGUUGGUGUUCCUAAGGGUCCAUCUAAGGUCUCUGGCCCACUUUCGGGUGCGAAGCUGAAGUCAAUAGAUGAAGAAGUGAGAGACCAGGCACAUCUCCAUGUGUUGUUCAAUAAUGCUGAGGUGGAUCCAUAUAGAAAGACACAUAAGAAGAUUGUGGAGCAGCAAUACGGAGGAAAAAAGAAGAGCAAAAAGUGGCUACAAAGUGAGCACAAUCGCACCUUUGCCGAUUGUUUUCAAUCCAAGGUGUUAGCUGAACUUAAGUGUAGACCAAACAAUGUCUCUCAUAUAGUGAGGUGGUUGGCUGGAAAACCAAGUUUUACAGUUUUUACUUAUGAAGCCUAUCAAUAUAAUGGAGCUAAAUACUUCACAAAGCAGAGAGACAAUGCUAGAGCUGUCCAAAAUAGUGGGGUGUCCUUAGUGGCUAAGACGAUGCAGUUAUCGAGUGCCAAGGAUAAAAAUCCGGUGGAGAGUGAUAUGACUUUUUAUGGGUUUAUUGAAGAGAUUUGGGAGCUCGAUUAUCAUGAUUUCAAAGCUCCCUUGUUUUUGUGUCAAUGGGCAGAGAAUGAAAAAGGAAUUAAACAAGAUGAGUUUGGUUUCACAUUAGUCAACUUUAAUCGGCAAGGCCACAGAAAUGAUAAAUUUGCUUCUGCUGGUCAAGUGAAACAAAUUUUCUACGUUGAAGAUCCCCUUGAUGUUGACUGGUCCGUUGUGCUAACGACCCCGAAUAGAGAUUAUCAUGAUUCUUUUCAUGACGAUGAUCUAGGGGACACCAUCAUGGAAGUACAACCAUUCUGUGUAGAAAUUCCAUAUUGCGAGGAAGAUGAGCAUGAGGAUGAUUCCACUUACAUAAGAGCGAAUGUUGAGGGGUUUUGGGUUCAGCAGUUCACCGCUGCAAGAGAACAAUAG